GCUCAGGGCUGGUCCUGAAUUGCUGUUACUGACUUGCUGUAUCACUUUGGGUAAAUCAUCUUCUUUUUAAAAAUGAGAUUAUUAAUGUGUACAUUCAUUUGUAAAGCACCUUGAGAUGAAAUUUGCUACUCUCUCAACAUUCACUGGAUGGUUCACAAGGAUCCCUUCCCCCCACUUACAGGUGAUCAAAGAAAACAGAAAGUUGGCUUUGGCUGGGUUAUAUGAAGAUGAAGUUAAAGGCAAGUUAUCCCAUUCUGACAGACCACCAGCUACAGUGUUCGGUAACCCAAGAGUACCAGUUCAGAGUCUAAAAAUUGACUCCUUCAGAAGCUUGAGAAAACCAGAAAGAAGCAUGAGUGAUGACAAAGAAAACCAAAGAUUUUACUCAGGUGACUCAGAAUAUAGCGGACUACAGAUUGUUGGGCCUUCUAAUAGUAGGAAUCCCCAUAAAAUUGUUGGUGAACUUUUCAAAGAGGCGAAAGAACAUGGGGCAGUUCCACUGGAUGAAGCUGCAAGAGCCUCAGAUGAUUUUAGUAAAGCUAAAUCAUUUUCAGGUGGUGGAUACAGAUUGGGUGACUCAUCCCGGACGCGCUCUGAAUAUAUAUAUGGAGAAAAUCAGAAUGGGCAAGAUGUUCAAUUUUUGCUUAAACUGUGGAGGAAUGGUUUCAGUUUAGAUGAUGGAGAGUUGAGAACUUACACAGACCCAACAAAUGCUCAGUUUCUUGAGUCUGUUAAAAGAGGGGAGAUUCCUUUGGAACUUCAACGGUUGGUGCAUGGUGGCCAAGUUAACUUGGAUAUGGAAGACCACCAAGAACAAGAAUAUGUAAAGCCUAGAUUGAAAUUCAAAGCUUUCAGUGGAGAAGGACAAAAGCUUGGAAGCCUCACACCUGAAAUUGUCAGUACACCUUCUUCCCCAGAAGAAGAGGAUAAAUCCAUUCUUAAUGCAACUGUUCCGAUUGAUGACUCCAUUGCAACAACUAAAAUUCAGAUUAGGCUAGCGGAUGGAAGCCGUUUGAUACAAAGAUUCAAUCAAACACACAGGAUUAUGGAUAUUCGAGACUUUAUUAUCCAGUCCCAUCCUGCAUUUGCAGCAGCUGACUUUGUUCUUGUGACUACAUUUCCAAAUAAAGAGCUAACAGAUGAAAGUCUGACACUACAAGAAGCAGAUAUACUUAACACUGUGAUUCUUCAACAACUAAAGUAAUCUUGCACCUGUCAGUGCAAUAUAGCUUUUGGGGAUAGGUAUUGUGCCAAACAAGGAUGCUUCCAGUGGUGCGGAGGGAGGGAAUCAAAUCAACAUCUUCUUUCACUUGUACAGAUCAGUUUUGUUUUUGUUUCUGUUCUGUCUUCCAAUGAUAACAUAUUUGAAUCAGAUUUUAGAGUGAUUUCUCACCAAAUGUUUUUACAGUUUUAAAACUAAGCUUGUAUAAAUCGAUAUGUUCCAAAACCUAACAAAAACUAAUAAGCUACUUGAGAAACACAGCUAUCACUUUAUUGUUCAGAUAUUUUUAGGGCAGAAAAGCAGUUUUUUCAGGGAGUCAGUGUCUUUUUACACACUUGGUAAGUCUUGCACUAAGGAAAUGAUUUAUGCUGCAGUGACAAACAGCCUUUUGAACACUUAACCCAGUAGGUUGAGAUAUGUUUAUUUCCCUUAGCACAUAGAUUUUCAAGUAUUCUCUUUGUAAGUUGACAUGUGUACGUGCCCUAAUAUGAUUUUAAAGUAUUCGGUUUAUAGUGUUUUGUUGGUGCAGUAUAAUUAUUUUAUGUAAUUAACCUAUAAAUAUUUUUCCUGUAAAUUAUCCUAUAACCUUCACUAUUAAUGGAUCAGUAAUAAAAAACAAAUCUCAGCCUUUUCCGAGUACAUUUAAUAUUGUUCUCACUGAUAUUUAAUAUUUUUCUCACUCAUGCUCCAGUUGUAAUUCUCAUGUUGCAAAGAAUUUACUUUAAACAGAAAUGGUAGAGUAAUAGCAACUAAUGGACAAACAUCAAGUUCGACAUUUUCAAAAGAAAUGGCUUGAUGAUCACAUUCAAACACCCAUGUUCAAUCGAGACCUAUGCAGAUACAUAAUUCCAUGCGUAAGCAGUUAUUUAGGUGCCCAAA